CUCUAAAACCAAAACAAAACGAAGACAAGUCAAAGACCGCCUCGCUAUAAAACAGGAUCCAAUCCCCAUCUGAUAGUCUAAUGCCCACCAACUUCUAACUUCUAAGCUUCCAAUGACACCUCCUUUCCUUGUGCACUAAAACACAAAAAACUCUCUCCAUAUAUUUUCAUUCUCAAAAUUACUGAAUAAAUUCUCAGAGAAAAAUACUUUCCCCAUGGCGUCCCUGAGCUGCUCGGCGGAUCAGCUAGCACCCUUUUUGGGCCCCAACACCACCAACGCCGCCGCAGCAGCCGAAUACAUCUGCAACCAGUUCACAGCCGUCUCCGACAGGUUCACCGACACCGGCUAUGCCAUCGACACCACAUACCUUCUUUUCUCAGCUUACUUGGUCUUCUCCAUGCAAUUGGGAUUCGCCAUGCUCUGCGCCGGUUCCGUCAGGGCCAAGAACACCAUGAAUAUCAUGCUCACCAACGUCCUUGACGCAGCAGCCGGCGGUCUCUUCUACUACCUCUUCGGCUUUGCCUUCGCCUUCGGCGGCCCCUCCAACGGCUUCAUCGGCAAACACUUCUUCGGACUUAAACAAAUCCCAUCUUCAUCUUUCGACUACAGUAAUUUCCUCUACCAAUGGGCUUUUGCUAUAGCAGCCGCCGGCAUCACCAGCGGCUCCAUAGCUGAAAGAACCCAGUUCGUCGCUUAUCUAAUCUACUCAUCAUUCCUAACCGGGUUCGUUUACCCCGUGGUUUCCCAUUGGUUCUGGUCAGCCGAUGGCUGGGCGAGCGCUAGCAACACCGGAAACCUCUUAUUCGGAUCCGGGGUGAUAGAUUUCGCGGGGUCUGGGGUGGUUCAUAUGGUCGGAGGAAUCGCGGGUUUAUACGGUGCACUGGUGGAGGGACCGAGAAUCGGCCGGUUCGACCGGACCGGCCGUUCAGUUGCCUUACGCGGCCACAGUGCAUCAUUGGUUGUCUUGGGCACUUUCUUGUUAUGGUUUGGAUGGUACGGAUUUAAUCCCGGUUCGUUUAACAAGAUUUUUGUUACUUACAACGUAGGAAACCAACCUUAUUAUGGUCAGUGGAGUGCCGUGGGGCGCACUGCGGUCACCACCACCUUGGCGGGCUGCACCGCCGCGCUGACCACAUUGUUUGGGAAGAGAAUUUUGUCUGGACAUUGGAAUGUCACGGACGUUUGUAACGGCCUUUUGGGCGGCUUCGCUGCCAUCACAUCAGGGUGUUCGGUGGUGGAGCCGUGGGCGGCGAUCAUCUGCGGGUUCGUGGCGGCGUUGGUGUUGAUUGGGUGCAACAUGUUGGCCGAGAAAGUCAAAUUUGACGAUCCACUGGAGGCUGCUCAGCUGCAUGGAGGAUGUGGGGCCUGGGGAGUGAUUUUUACGGCGUUGUUCGCUGCCGAGAAGUACGUGAAUGAAGUUUACCCGAUUCCGGGUAAAUCGACCCGGCCAUACGGGUUGUUUAUGGGCGGCGGUGGAAGGCUAUUGGCUGCUCAUGUGAUUCAGGUUCUGGUGAUUUUGGGAUGGGUCAGUGCCACAAUGGGUCCUCUUUUCUUCAUUCUUCAUAAGUUGAAGCUUCUUAGAAUCUCAGCUGAGGAUGAAACGGCGGGUAUGGAUAUGACCCGGCAUGGUGGAUUUGCAUAUGUUUACCACGAUGAAGAGGAUUCAAAUAAGAAUUCAAUUCCAAUGAGGAAGAUUGAACCAGCUGGUUCAAAUUAGGGAUUUUAUUGUCUUCUAUUUGAGGAUUUUAUUUUAGUUUAUUUUAUCACUACUACUAGCAUAGUUAUUAGGGUGUCUAGGUACAAGAUUACCCCCAAAAAAAAAAAAAAUAGCAAUGAAAUGAAUGUAAGAUAAGACUUUUUUUGUCCUGUUGGCUUGGUAUUGGGUGGAUGAUGUUGAAGAUAAUGCGAGCAUGGACUGUAUUUAAUUGUUACUUCUUUGACUUCCGUACCAUAGUUCAGAGGUCCAUAGCUAGCAUCCAUGAAGCCAUUUUGUCAUUUCAUCAUCUAUGUGGAGAAUGGAGACUAUGACUAUGAGACUUUUCUUGUUCUUUGUGCGGUUUUCAACCGGCAGUUGAAUCCUUGUUGGAAUUAAAUAAUUUUUGCCUUCUUAA